AAAGACUUGUCUCCUCUGCCUUCACACACACAAGUACGUAUUUACAAAUUAACGGACUUCCUGGGCGUUAAACGUUAUUUGUCAACUUCAAGCACUGGUCAAGCAAGCAACACUGUUGCUUCUACAGCAUCACAGGGUCGCCGUAGAUUUUGUUUCAUUUUUUAAAUGAAGUUCAUUGAAAGGCAGUUCGUCAACUGAAAACUCUUACCUGACUCAGAGAUGGAGAAACUAGAGACAUCAGAGCUUCAAUCUAGACUCUCAUCCCUGUCUGUUUCUUCUUUCCCUGGUAUAACGUCAAAAAACUGUGAAACAAACCCUUUAAACAGACUUCAAAGCACAGACCUUUCCCAGGCAGUAAUCCAACCGGACAACCGAAGCAAAAUGGACGAUAACAGCAAUAACAAAGAAUCUCCACAGUCUCCUGAGGAGCCCAGCGCAUCUCUGGGGAAGGCAGAAGCGAGUGACACACAGGAGAGCAGUACAUCACACUCCGGGGAGAAAAAAGCUCUUCCUCCGAUGAAACCGGCCUCCACGUGGACCUCUGUGGCAGUGAAGGAGCUGAAGACUAAGCUUCGUCAAGAGAAGGACAGUGUGGUGACGGUAUAUCGCGGAGACAUUAUGACCGUCCACGUACCCGUUGUUCCUGAGGCCAAGCGAGUGUGCUGGGAGUUUGCCACAGAUGGCUAUGACAUUGGAUUUGGGGUUUACUUCGACUGGUCACCAGUCACUAACCGAGCCAUUACUGUUCACGUUAGCGAAUCCAGUGACGAUGAGGAUGAAGAUGAAGAGCUAGAAGGCCCUGUGGUUCCAGGAGAUGUGGAGAAGGGCUCUAAAUCAGUUAACAACUUGAACUUGGGAGAGAUCCUGCCUGUGUACCGUCAGGACAGUCAUCUGGCAGUGCAGGGCGGCAGCCACGAGUUCCCAGGAGACGGCACAUACCAGCUGAAGUUUGACAACUCGUACUCGCUGUGGCGGAAUAAGACUUUGUACUACAGGGUGUACUACAGUGCCUGAGGAAUCAAGUGCUUAUUUAAAAACAAUCAUCGUAUGUAUUCAAUUGCUGUAGAAUUCUUGCUAUUGUUGAUUUGUGCUUUUCGUUUUAUCCCAGCCCUAUCAUAGAUCAAAAAAAUAUAUAUAUUGCUUUAUGAUGUUACGUGCAAGAUGAUAUAUUUCAUAUAAAAGGUCCAUAUAUGUUUUAUAAUUGUAUUGUCUGACACCACAACAGAACUGUGGCAUCGCAUAUCAGGGACUACAGAGUAACUAAUCAGGGUGGUGAACCGGGUCGACUGCUUUUCAAACAAUUCUACACAAUUCAAAGACGGUUAGAAAGUCAAUGUAGGUGACUUGGCAGAAGUCACUGUUGAUUCAGGUAACGAUAUACACGUUUUUGUUGUGUGUUUGUUUGGUUUCUUGCUGUUUUAUGUCUAAUAUCAUAUUACAUAGACCUGCAUUGAGCAGCAUCAGACACUAUUUCUUACAUACUGCUAAUACUGAGUUUGUGUUCUCAGGCACAAAGACACCAGAGACCACAGCUAGUUAAGAUGUAUUUGAAACCUCAUAUUCAUAUGUUUUUAUUGCAGUUGCUAACUCUACUAAGAUGCAAUCUCAUCAGUCAUCAAAUGGUUAAAGCCGGCUUGUUUGCAACUUUAAACCAUUUCCUGCCACAAAAGCUCAUUUGUUGCUCAACUGAUCCAAUAUUUACACGUCCCAGGCUCUCAUCUGGCGUGAUUAAGGGUUGUUUGGCAUUGGUCUGUAUAGACACAAUACAGAUGGCCUGUUGAAGACGUUUUAUUUACAUGUAUGCCUCUUUUCCAAGGUGUCUAGAAAACUGCUUCUAGUAUAUGUUUCAUGAUUCAGAUAAGUUCAUUGGAAGAGCUUUUUUGCUUAUAUCACGUGCAAUAUGUCUCGACAAGCGCUGCCAGCAGGUAUAGCGUUUUGUUUCCUUGAUGACUUCUUGAUUAUGAGUACCAAAUCAUGCUGCAAACAUUUCUUUUUGUACGUUAAAUUAUGUGCAUGUCUUAAGAGACUGUUGCAUUGUGCUGCUGAGGUGGGCUACUUUAUUCUGCCUAUGUGCUUUUCUGCCCGUCUACCUAUUAUGAUAUAUGAUAUGUCUGUCAUCCCUUUUCUUGUUUUUCGUUUGUUGUUUCUUUUGCUGUGUGUUGUUCACAAUAAACGUUGAGAUGAAUUCAG